CGUGGGUGCGCCCCUGCAGCCGCUGAGUCUGAGGCGCCUUUCCGGUUCGUUUCCACCGGGAGGCUGAGGGCAACCUUCCGGAUGCUCCGGGGUUUAUAGACCAGGCCUCCCUUUAAGAUCUGAGUUAGUAGCUGGAUUCAUCAGGAUCUGAACAUAAUUGGUCUUUGCACAUGGAAGGAGAGAAGAGUGAUCAACUGGUGGACACACCACAUGUGUGUACCAUGUGUGGACUCACUGUUAUCCUUUCACCUGACCUGGAGAGACACGUGCACUGUAACUGUGAGGAGGAGCCAGGUAAAGAUGGGGGCAGCAAGAAAGAAUUGGGUUCACUGUCUGCAGAUGAUCAACGCCCUGUCACUGAGGAGAGUCAGUUUACCUGCUCUCCAUGUGGGGAUUUUUCUUAUCCAUCCCAUCUGCGAGCGCAGCAGUGGGUUCACUGCAACAAGAAUCUGUGGAAAUGUUCCCACUGUGCCAAGGGCUUCAAGAACCCGCAGGAGCUUAAGCAACACCAGGGCCAACAUGCUGGGCAGAGGCCUUUCCCCUGCUCGGUAUGUGGGAAGGGAUUCACUCAGUUAUCUGACCAGCGGAGGCAUCGGAAAAGCCACUCUGUUCACCCACUCCUUGAGUGCUCCUUCUGCAGGAAAAAGUUCACUCGAUCAUCUUCCCUCCUGAGACAUCAGCAGUUUCACACCAAUGCACGUCCGUUUCAGAGUUCAGACAAAUGCAACCAGGAGCUGAGGGGACAACAGCUGGAGGGAGUCGGCGAGAGGCCAUUCACCUGCCCAGCGUGUGGUAAGAGGUUUGCCCGCUCCUCCAACCUGCUGACCCACCAACGGGUCCACACGGGGGAGAGGCCAUUCACCUGCCCGGACUGUGGGAAGGAGUUUGCCCAGGCAUCCAACCUGGAAACGCACCAGCGCGUCCACACUGGGGAGAAGCCAUUCACCUGCUCUGUGUGUGGGAAAGGAUUUGCUCGAUCGUCCGCCCUACUGACCCACCAGCGGGUGCAUACUGGGGAGAGGCCGUUCACCUGCUCUGUAUGUGGGAAGGGGUUCACUCAGUCCUCCAAUCUGCUGACCCACCAGCGCAUCCACACCGGCGAGAGGCCGUUCACCUGCUCCGUGUGCGGGAAGGGAUUCAUUCGCUCCUCCAAGCUGCUGACCCAUCAGCAGGUCCACACCGACGAGAGACCGUUCCCCUGUUCGACCUGCGGGAAGUGUUUUAAAAGCACCAACAGUCUGGUGAUACACCAACGCUACCACACUGCCUUGCGACCGUUUGUCUGCUCUGUGUGUGGGAAGGGAUUCACGGACUCGUCCCACCUCCUGAGACACCAGCGGGUCCACACAGACGAGAGGCCGUUCACUUGCUCUGUGUGUGGGAAGGGAUUCAUUCGCUCCUCCCACUUGCUGAGACAUCAACAGGUUCACCCGACUUCCUAGCAUGUGACCCUGAUGGUAGCUGGGCUGAAGUGAAAAGUGUUUUAUGGAUUCCCAUGCUGUUCCUUUUAGGUUUUCAGCCUGUUUGGCUGACAUUUCCCUUCAUUGAUUAUCUCAUGGUGUUACUUGCACUCUACACCACAAGCCAUUUGGGUCAGUUGGUCUGAGAACACAUUACUUCACCACCUGAGCCUCGUCCCAUCCUCACUUCACCUCACAGCCAUAACGAUACCCUUCCAUUCCUUUCUCCAUCCUGUGUUUAUCCAGUUAUCCCCUUUCAGUAAUGUUCCGACUAUUCUUUUAAUAUGACUGUACAAAACAGGAACAGAAUGAGGCCAUUUGGCCCCUUGAGCCAUUCGGAAGGUCAUAGUUGAUCCAACAUCCCUCACAUCCACUUUCCUGCCCUUUCCCCAUAACCCUUGAAUUUUGAACUGGACAAGAAUCUGUCUAUCCUAGCCUUAAAUAUACAUGAUGACUCUGCUCCCACAGUGCUUUGGCAAGGAAUUCCAAAGACUCUUAAUCCUCUGAGAUGAAAAAAAUCUCCUCAACUCAGUCUGAAAUUGGGGCCCACUUAUUCUGAGUCAAUGCCCUCUGGUCUUGGACUCAACCAUGAGGGAAAACAUCCUCUCAAUAUUUACCUUUUUAAGCUCCUGAAGAAUGCGACAUGUUUCAAUGAGAUUGCCUGUAAUUCUUCUAAGCUCAGUGAGUAGAAACCCAGCCUGUUUAACCUUUGCUCAUUAGACAACCUCACCACACCACAGAUCAUCCUAGUGAAUCUUCUCCGAACUGCCUCAAAUUAAAUGAUGUCUUUCCUUAAUUAAGGGGAAACCAUAACUCCUCACACUAAUCCAGAUGUGGCCUCACCAUUUUGUACAGUUGCAGUAAGUCCUCCCUUCACUUAUACACCAACCACCUUUAUUGGAGAGGAUUUGAGUACAGCCAUAAUGAUGUAAUUCUUCAAUUGUAUAGGAGGUGAUUUUGACUGGACCUGGAAUACUUUGUAUGGUUCUGGUCUCCUUAUCACAGGAAGGAUAUUAUUGUCAUAGAGGGAGUGCAAUGAAGGUUCACCAGAUCUGUUCCUGGGAUGGUGAGAGACUAUCCUCCUCAGACAGAUUGGGCAAAACGUUUUCUCUAUUUCUGAAUAGCUGGGGUCCAAUCCCCGUACUCUGCAGUAGCUACUUCCAGCCACUCAGAAAAAGAACCAUCUGCUCCUGCUCUGUGCUUCCUAUUUGCCAACCAGUUCUGUCAGCACGUCAGUCCACUACCCAAUGCCAUGCUGUUUAAUUUUGCAUGCUUUCUCUUCUGUGGGACUCUACCUUUAAAAAUAAAGGGAAUGCCACUGGAUACUGAGACGAGGAAAAUUCUUUUCACUCAGGGUGUCGAGAACCUUUGGUAUUCUGUACCACAGAGAGCUGUUGAGGCUCAGACUCUGAAUAUGCUUCAGACAGAGACUGACAGAUGUUUGGUGACUGGUUGCAAACAGGAUUAUGAGUAAAAAGCACUGAAGUGUUCGAUCAGCCACGAUCAUGUUGAAUAGCAGGGCAAACUAGAGAUGCAGAAUGGCCUGCUCCUGUUCCUAUCCUGAAACGGUUUGCCAGAGCAGACGCCGAGAGGAUGUUUCCCCAAAUCGGUGACAUCUAGGACGGGGGCUACAGUGUGAAACUAAGGGGUUUUGUCCAUUUAAUUGGAAAUUAGGAUAAAUUUCAUCACUUGCUGAGGGUGAUGGGGCCACUGAAUAUAUUCCAGGCUGACUGAGACAGGUUUUCGAUUGAAGCAGUUAGAGAUUAUGUGGGACAGGAAGGAAGUGGAAGUGAGACCAUGACCAGAUCAGCACGAUCUUCUCGAUAAGCAGAGCUGGAUCAAGGAGGCAAACAUCCUUCUCCUGCUCUUAUUUCUGAUGAUCUUUUAAGUUUUUAUAAUCAUUAUAGGAGGAGUGCUGGAGGAUCUGCCUUUGAAAUAUGCGGUUUCCUGAUUUUGGGAGUACACUUAAGCUAUGCGUAUAAUGUGUAUUAAUAAGUGAGGCAAAAUUCAGAUUAAACCUGCAAAUGGCUUGAGAAACGUUUGUUAUUUUGUUUGGUAACAGACUCGAAAGACCAAUCUUUAUUUCCUUUUUCCCCGGUAUCCUCUUGAGAAGGUAUUGUUUCAGGUUCUGGUUCUGAAGAGGUUCAUGUUGCAUUGAAUCGCUACUGUGACACAUUGUGUGGGGGUGGAGGCAGGGUGUUUUAUUCCAGGAGCAGACCUUCCUGUACCAGCUGUGAUGGUUUUGGUCAUUAUGUCUAAAUGCAAGAUUGUUAUGGAAAAGGACAAAGAUGGGCCUGAAAAUGAAAGCUGUUAAGUGUGGGGACGCUGAUUUUAAUAAGAUCAGAGAUGAUUUGGCCAGAAUGGACAGUGGCAUGCAUUCAAGGAAGAUGUAUGGAAAGUACAGGGCCAACAUGAUCCAAAAAGCGUACAGCCAUCAAAUUCUAUUAAUCUUGGAUAUCAAGGUAUAGAGAGCUGGAACUGGGGACAGUCAGCAGGCCGGAGGCUUCAGCAGAGCAGAGAGGGUGGUUGGACUGGGGACCAGUCAAGUGGUUUGAGCGCCCUGGUAGACCAUGUUUGGAAGCCCCCUGCACUGAUCAUUAAUCUUAUUCUCAUUUUUCUAACUUAUACUAUGAACAACUUAAGUAAUGUAACUUUUUUCCCCCCUCUGUACUUCUGUAUCCAGGUACUUUGUACCUUCGACAUUGUCAUAUGGGGCGACAUUGUGAACUUUUCAUUGUACUCCUGCUCUUGAGUACAC